GGUGGGCGGAGCUUUGAGGCUGUGUGCGGUCCGACCGCACACAGGGUCCGUGAACAGCCCUCUGCUUACGCUGUUUCAUGAUUAUGACUGCCGAUUUCUUGAACACAUUUCAAUUUUUACCGGCGACCCCGCCGGCGACUAUUGAAUCGUUAGAAUAGAGCCUGAGCAAUUUUACAUUCCAGCUCAUACACCAUUUUUUAGACAUCGCAGUGUUUGUGAUGUCCGCCAUGGCUGGCGCAAAGAAUACCACUCACCUGCUGAAGCAGCUGAGGGCUUUCAUGAAGAAUACCAAAUAUGUUAGUGAGGAGCUUCAUGCAUACAUUGUGCCAUCAUCAGAUGCUCAUGGGAGUGAGUACCUGGCGGCGUGUGACGAGCGGCGCGCCUUCCUGACGGGCUUCACGGGCUCGGCGGGCACGGCCGUGGUCACUCAGACGCACGCCUGCCUGUGGACGGACGGCCGCUACCACCUGCAGGCCGCCAGCGAAAUGGACCACAACUGGACGCUGAUGAAGGACGGUCUGCCGGGUACGCCGUCGCAGGGCGAUUGGCUGUCCGAGGUGCUGCCAUCAGCGGGCGGCUUGGUGGGCGUGGACCCGCGCCUGCUCUCCUCGCGGCUGUGGGACACGCUCUCGGCGGAGCUGGCCGCCGGCGGUCACCGGCUACGACCGGUGCACACUAACCUGGUGGACCUGGUGUGGACGGACCGGCCGGCGCGCACCGCCAACGCCGUCCAGCCGCACCCGUUCCGCUACACAGGUAUGAAUGUCAAGAGCAAGCUGGAGGAAGUGCGCGCUCAGAUGAAGAAGAAAAACUGCUCGCUGCUGGUGGUGGCUGCCCUGGACGAGAUCGCCUACCUGCUGAACCUGCGCGGCAGCGACAUCGUCUACAACCCCGUAUUCUUCUCGUACUGUGUGGUGCUGACCGACUCGGUACACCUGUUCGUCGACCCGGCUCAGCUGAGUCCGGCCGUGACGCAGCACUUUGCCGACGAGGGCGCCCCCGAUCUGGAGAUUCACGGCUACGGCGAGGUCUGGUCCUUCCUAAAGGACAAGGCUGCCGCUCUGGAGGGCAAGGCGUGGCUGUGCCCGCUGUCGAGUCACGCGCUGUCAGCUCUGUUCGAGCGGGGUCAGAGAGAAGUGGACCGCACCCCGCCCUGCACCAUGAAGGCCGUCAAAAACGAGACCGAAAUCCAGGGGAUGCACAGCGCCCACGUGCGGGACGCGGCGGCGCUGUGCACCUACCUCAGCUGGCUGGAGGAGCAGGUGGCCGCCGGGCACAGCGUCACAGAGGUCUCCGGGGCGGCCAAACUGGACGCGCUCAGGGCCGAGCAGGACCUGUUUGUCAGCCUGAGCUUCAACACCAUCUCGUCAUCGGGUCCGAACGGCGCGGUAAUUCACUACGAUCCCUCAGAGGCCACCGACAGACCCAUCACCAAGGACGAGCUGUACCUGGUCGACUCCGGCGGACAGUACCGGGACGGGACCACCGAUGUCACGCGCACGGUGCACUUUGGCCAGCCCACCGACCACCAGAAGGAGUGCUUCACGCGCGUGCUGAAGGGACAGAUCGCCCUGGCCACGGCCGUCUUCCCCAACAAGACGCGGGGCACCCUGCUGGACCCUCUGGCCCGGCUGGCGCUCUGGCAGGCCGGACUGGACUACCCCCACGGCACGGGGCACGGGAUCGGCUCGUUCCUGAACGUGCACGAGGGUCCUCAGACGAUCCACAGUCGGCCGCAGCCGGCCAGCGAGCCCGGCCUCGAGCAGGGCAUGUUCGUGUCGGAUGAGCCGGGCUACUACGAGGACGGCCAGUUCGGCAUCCGGCUGGAGAACAUCAUACGGGUGGUGCCGGCCGACACCAAGCACAACUUCCGCGGCCGCGGCUACCUGACGUUCGCGCACGUCACGCUGGUGCCCGUGCAGACCAAGAUGCUGGUGCCUGGCCUGCUCUCCAAGGAAGAGGUGAGCUGGCUGAACGACUACCACGCCGAGGUGCGAGAGACGGUGGGCCCGCUGCUGAAAGAGCAGGGCCGGGCGGCCGCCUACGCCUGGCUGCUGCGCGAGACGGAGCCGCUUGGCUAGCCUGUGUGCCCCGGCCGCCCGCCGCCGAACCGUGCCGCCGGUCUCAGGUCCUGUCCCGGCGCGACGCCGCCUCACUGCCAGCCUAGCUCGGAGCUGCUGCCCGCAGUAUUCCUGCAGACUUUCAGUCAGCGCUUCCUUCUGGGAGUCGACAAUAAGAUGUUUCCUUUUCCACUUCAGCUGGGAAGAUGUCGCUUUUAGCCUUUGUGACUUUCCUUUUAAUGUUUUUUCCAAGCAGUAAUCAUUCUGUAUUGACACAAUAUGUGCAGAUGGCUGUGCGGCUGAACACAUCCGAGCCAUUUGGAUGUGUUUAAUAAUUUGUUGUAGCAUUGUAAUUGAACCACUGUCAAAGGAAUACAUACUUUUCUUAUCA